AAGAGAGCGGCAAAACCCACUUUCUUUUUGCCGCUAUCAUCUAUUUUGUCAUUUCCUUCUCUUCUCUCCACAACUCAUACUCAUCUCAUUUAUUCCCCAUUCUCUUCUCGUGUUAACUUGUUUGAUCUCAUUUUCAUCUAAUAAAAAAAAAUGGAACAUCACCCGGCGGUGCUGCGUAAUUCUCCGCCUCCGCCGCCGCCGCCGGAACCCUUGCCCGGCGGUUGUCAAAUCAGUUGCGCCAACUGCGAUGAAGUUCACACAGUCAGCCGAUCUGUAUCGGAGUUCGUGUGCUUUGGUUGUGGAUUGGUUCAAGCGAUUGGAAGAGCUGAUGAGGUCUCUAGCGGUGAUGUCGAGUUAACACAUCCGCUGCCUCCCGAAGAAUCCGACGAGGGCACUUUCCAUGAUGUGAAGUUCUCAAAGCAUUCUUCUCAGCAAGAGGAUGUAACGUGUCCUCCGCCUCCGAGGGAAGUCAAGGAGGGUUUUAGCGGUGCUCCCAAGCUGUCAAAUCCUCCUCCGCCUACCGAAGAUGUCAAUGAGGUAGCUAUUGAGGUGGAGCGGGAAGAAGAUAGUGGUGGUGUUGCGGGAGAAACUUUUACCGACUAUCGUCCUCCCAAAUUAUCUGUUGGUCCUCCUCACCCAGAUCCUAUUGUAGAAACAUCCUCCUUAUCUGCAGUGCAGCCACCUGAACCAACAUAUGAUCUACGAAUCAGGGGUGACCUGGAAAGGACAGAAGCUUUGUCGUGCUUGCAGAUCGAGACACUAGUAUAUGCUUCUCAGAAACACCUUCAACGCCUUCCAGAUAGUACUAGGGCAGGAUUUUUUUUAGGAGAUGGAGCUGGUGUUGGAAAAGGCCGAACGAUUGCGGGAUUGAUCUUGGAAAAUUGGCAGUAUGGGAGGAAGAAGGCUUUGUGGAUUUCUGUUGGUUCAGACCUGAAAUUUGAUGCACGGAGAGACUUGGAUGAUGUUGGUGCUAAGUUUAUUGAAGUGCAUGCAUUAAACAAGCUUCCGUAUUCCAAGCUUGAUUCUAAGGCUGUUGGGGUUAAGGAAGGAGUCAUCUUCUUAACUUACAGCAGCCUCAUAGCGUCUUCUGAGCAAGGGCGUUCUCGCUUAAAGCAGCUUGUACAGUGGUGUGGGAAAGAUUAUGAUGGCCUAAUCGUGUUCGAUGAGUGUCACAAGGCAAAAAAUUUAGUACCUGAAGCUGGACAGCGGCCAACGCGCACAGGAGAAACAGUUCUGGAGAUUCAGGCCUUGCUUCCUGAGGCGCGGGUUGUUUAUUGCUCAGCUACUGGUGCUUCAGAGCCUCGCAAUAUGGGCUAUAUGAUUAGACUUGGUCUUUGGGGAACUGGAACGUCUUUCUUGGACUUCCCUGAUUUUAUAGGGUCGCUGGAAAAAGGGGGUGUUGGUGCUUUAGAACUAGUUGCCAUGGACUUGAAAGCAAGAGGGAUGUAUCUAUGCCGUACUUUGAGCUAUAAAGGGGCAGAAUUUGAUGUGGUUGAAGUUCCCCUAGAGGACAAGAUGAUGGUUAUGUACAACAGAGCAGCAGAGUUUUGGGUUUACCUAAAAGAGAAAUUGGAAUCUGAAAUUGCCUUGCUCACCACUAAAAUGCCUAAAAAUAGUCAGUUAUGGCUCCUAUAUUGGGGAAACCAUCAGCGUUUCUUUAAACACAUGUGUAUGUCGGCAAAGGUGCCUGCUGUUGUAAAAAUAUGUCAUCAGGCACUAGCAGAAGAUAAGUGUGUCGUCAUUGGUCUUCAAAGCACUGGUGAAGCCCGAACCGAAGACGCUGUAGCAAAAAGUGUGAAUGGCAUUGAACUUGAUGAUUUUAUCUCGGGACCUCGUGAGCUAUUGCUAAAAUUUAUUGAAGAAAGUUAUCCAUUGCCUGAAAAACCUGCAUCUUCAUCAGGUGAGGAUGGAGUAAAAGAGUUGCAACGCAAGAGGCGCUCUGUGACAACUGGUGUUUCAUACACAGAAAGAACUAGGAAAGCUGCAAAAUUGCAAGAUGAAAGUGAUACAGAAAGUGAAACUGAUUCUGAGUCCGAGUCUAUGGAAUCAGAUGAUGAAUUUCAGAUCAGUGAGAUUUCUGAUUCUGAGCCCGAGUCUACGGAAUCAGAUGAUGGAUUUCAUGAGUCUAUGGAAUCAAAUAAUGGAUUUCAUAUUUGUGAGAUUUGUAAUUCUGAUACGGAAAGUGAUAAGUUGCUCCAAUGUUCACGUUGCAAGCAGGUCAUGCAUCCUGCAUGUUUAGUGCCACCUGUGACAGGUUCGGUUUCUGCAGAUUGGUCUUGCCUUUUAUGUGAAGGCAAAGCUGAGGAGUAUCUUCGACAAAAGCGCAAGUCUAUAGCACAACAACUAGAGAGGUAUAGUAAAGCUGCAGAGCGCAAGUCACAAAUUUUGGACGCCGUACGUUCUUUGGAUCUUCCCCUCAAUCCGUUAGAUGACAUUUUAGAUCAGCUUGGAGGUCCUGAUAAGGUAGCAGAAAUUACAGGUAGGCGACACAGGCUGAUCAGGGAACGUGAUGGAAAUGGUGUCAGAUAUCAGCCUCGGAACUCAAAGGAUGUGUCCAUGGAAAUGGUCAAUAUAAAUGAAAAGCAAUUAUUCAUGGAUGGCAAGAAGUUAGUUGCCAUAAUAUCUGAGGCGGGUUCUGCUGGCGUAUCUUUACAAGCAGAUAAAAGAGCGAUAAAUCAGAGGAGGAGGGUACACCUUACUAUAGAAUUACCCUGGAGCGCUGAUCGGGCAAUUCAACAGUUCGGAAGAACGCACCGAUCAAAUCAAGCUUCUGCUCCAGAGUAUAGGUUACUCUUUAGCAAGCUUGGUGGUGAACGCAGAUUUGCUUCCAUUAUUGCCAAGAGACUAGAAUCUCUUGGGGCACUUACACAGGGAGACAGACGUGCCGGACCUUCACUUAGGGCUUACAACUAUGAUAGCCCGUACGGAAAGAGGGCCCUUGCAGAAUUCUAUGAUAGAAUUGUGAAUCAGAGUUCUCUUCUGGACAUACCUCCUGGAUUUUCCAUUGAAAAGCCGAAUACGAUAGAAGAGUUUAUCAUCAAGGGAAAAGCUGCUCUGGCUUCUGUUGGAUUAGUCAAAGACAACUCAUAUGUUGAUGACAAGGACAUUCACAAUGUUGCACGUUUCUUGAAUCGGUUGUUAGGGCUACAACCAGAGAUGCAGAAUUUGCUUUUUGAGUUCUUCGUGAGCAUCCUUGAUCUUUUUGUUCAGAAUGCACGACUUGAAGGUCAAUUUGACUCGGGAAUAGCAGACCUGAAAGCCAAUACAAUUAAACUAAAAGGACUGCCAAAGAAUGUUCACGUUGAUCAUCUGUCUGGAGCGUCAACCGUUUUAUAUACAUUUACAUUGGAUCGAGGAUUCACUUGGGAGGCUGCAUCAACGUUGCUUGAUGAGAAGAAAAAAGAUAUGAUUGGUUCCUCUAGAAUAGGGUUCUAUGAAUCCAGGAGAGAAUGGCAGGGGAGAAGACACUAUCUUUUGGCAUUUCAAGGGUCUUCUGGAAUGUUUAGAAUUGUCCGUCCUGCUACCGGGGAAGCAGUAAGGGAAAUGCCUCUUUUAGAGCUUGAAGAGAAGUACAGCAAAUUAAAAUCUUUGAAGAAGGCUCGUACAUGCUGGGAGAAUGAGUUUCGUGUAUCCUCUAAACAGUGCAUGCACGGUCCCAACUGUAAGCUAGGUGAUUACUGUACUACUGGCAGAAGAUUACAAGAAGUAAAUGUAUUAAGUGGCUUAAUACUACCUGUCUGGGCAACUAUAGAAAAGACCCUUGCCAAUCAGGUUCGUAAAAGUCAUAGACGACUCCGUAUUGUGCGUGUAGAGACUACUACAGAUCACCAGAGAAUUGUUGGAUUACUGAUCCCGAAUGCUGUAGUUAACUCUAUGCUGAAAGAUUUGGUACGGGGUCAAGAUAUCAAUGACUCACUUGCAUUGGAGGACAAGUAAUACAUAGUUCUCAGCUACUUCUUAGCCUUCUUUUGCUCGUCCAAAAUGCAUUUUUGUGCUUGUGAAGCAGCUCUCAACUCCGGGAAUGCAUAUUGGUGAUUAGUAAUCUCCAAGUAUAUUACCUUAAUAGGAGUAUUUAUUGGUAAAAGAAAUAGUAAUCUUGAAGCUCUGGCUAGACAUGUGAAAAAAGAUGUUUGUUUAAGAACAAAACCGAAAAUUAUCUUGAAAUAUACAAAUUUCUGUAUUGCAAUUUUUGAACUAGAA